GCUUUAACAGAUUUCCGGUCUGUGUAAGUGGACAGCUGUAUAAAGUUUACAACCACCAUUCUUUUGAGUUAAAUUUAUUAACUUAUUGAGAUGAUGUUGACGUAUUUUGUAAUUCUGCUGGUCGGACGAGCGGCUGCAUCGCCCAUGCCGGCCAACGACGCCUUCCAACAGGACGUAUCGAAAGGAGCCACCAAACCCACAUCUAGACGUCUGGUAGAGGCUCUCUCCAGCGGCGUCAAAUGGACACCGUUGAAAUCGAGGCUGCAACGAAGCAUUUAUUCAUAUUACACUGACCAUUACGAUCAUACAGACUGGGCUACAGGAAGUGAGGGCGAUACGUCAUGGUCAGGAAAUGACGUCACGUCAGGUCACGAAUGUACAUUGACGGUGAGGAAGGGGGAUCGGGAACUGGCAGAAGGUGAGCACGUGCUGGCACGGAUAGGAGAAACCAAUCAGGUGAGCUGCGAAGCGUUCUGUUCCGGAAGUGGAAACACUCCUGCGCUCACAUUCUACAAAGACGGCGACGAGUUAUCACAGACAUCCGGCAGGGUGUAUUACAGACGACGGUCCUCAGAUCGAAGUUCAGUGCUCACUAUUAAGAAUAUGUUACCGCGUGACUCUGGGUUAUACACGUGUCAAGGCUGGCUGUCAGGUCAAGGUCACCUCCAGAAAUCAUUCAACCUUGUAUUUGCCUUUAACCUCCAGCAGCAGCGUCAACAACAGCAGCACCAGAGUCAACAGCAGCAGCAGCAGCAGCAACAGCGCCAGCAGCAGGAGCAGCAGCAGCGUCAGCAGCAGCUACAGCGUCAGCAGCAGCAGGAGGAGCAGCAGCGUCAGCAGAAGCAGCAGCAAGAACAACAGAAACGCCAGCAGCAGCAGCAACAACAACAGCAGCGUCAGCAACAGCAGCAACAGCGUCAGCAACAGCAACAGCAGAGUCUGCAGCAGAAACGUCAGCAGCAGCAGCAGGAGCAGCAGCGUCAGCAGCAGCAAGAGCAGCAGCGUCAACAGCAGCUGGAGCAGCAACAGCAGCAGAAACGUCAGCAGCAGCAGCAGGAGCAGCAGCGUCAGCAUCAGCAAGAGCAGCAGCGUCAACAGCAGCUGGAGCAGCAACAGCAGCAGCAGGAGCAGCAGCGUCAGCAGCAGCUAGAGCAGCAGCGUCAAAGGCAGUUUCAGCAGCAGCAGCAGCGUCAACAGCAGCAGCUUUUUCCAAUAUGUGAGUUCGAGUGUGGUGACGGUCAGUGUGUGACGUCAAUGCAGGUGUGUGAUGGCGUCAUACAGUGUUAUGGAACCGGAAGUGAUGAAUUCAGCUGCCCGGUGUGCGAAUUUUAUUGCGAAGACGGCAAGUGUUUAACGCAAGCUGAAGUUUGUGAUGGAAAACGUAACUGCAUAUUCGGUAGAGACGAACACAACUGCUUUCAAGCCGUGACCCAAAUGCCAACGACUCGAACGCAUACGUCCAAACCACAGAAGAUCCAAGCGUCUACGACCCUACGGCCAUCAACUCAUGCGCCGGCGACCACAUCGCCGACGACCCAAGAGCAAGUGUGCCCCGGUGCGCAGUUUCGCUGUAAUGAUGGUGAGUGCAUUUUGGAAAGAUACUACUGCGAUGGGUCUCCGGAUUGUGCCGAGGAGGAAGACGAACAGGAAUGUCUCACGGAUAAUCCGUGCCCGGAAGGACAAUUCAGAUGCGGACUAAACGGAGUAUGCCUCAAUGUCGCAUUGCGGUGCAAUGGCUCCCGGGAUUGCACGAACGGCGAUGAUGAAAAUAAUUGUACCUGGCGCUGGGUCUAGUAGAUAGUGACGUCACGAAUGGAAUAAAUUGACGUUUUAAUUUGUUUUAAAAACAAUAUAUCACAGACAAUUAUCUUUUUCAUAAAAUAAUAACGUUUUAUCAUUGUCGUUGUUAAGGUGACACUCUUAUCUAAAAUCAAUACAUAACAAAGCAUACAUCUUGACUGAUAAACCUUUAAUUACUUACUAAAUAAUGCAUUUAUGGAAAAUAUUAAUUACUGAUAUCAAGAUUGUAACUAUGUAUUUAAUAACAGAAUAAUUAAAAAAAAUGGUGAAUGCUAAAAUAUUUACUGUGGUCUACUAUAGUCGCAAAAGGUAGAAAUACGAGAUAUCCUUAAUAAAAACCAUUGUUUUCGACAUUUAUUCAUCUUUUUUAAAAAAUUGUUAAAUUUACUUUGGAGUUAGAGUGCAUCUUUAAUAUAUUUUAUUGAUUUUUUUUAAUUAUUAUUAUUAUUAUUUUUUGGGUGGGUGGGGGUCGUUUUCGACAGCGAGAUUUCAGGAUUUCGUCUGGCACGUCUGUUUUAAUCAUGGCUUUUAGAUGAUAAAUCCAUUCAUCUUGGAUUUACAGGAAACAUCUCGAUUUCAGAUUCUGGCUCUUUUUUCGGCGUUAUAUAAAUGGCUUAGGUUGUAGACCAAUCAAAUUUGUAUGUAAUAAAUAAUGUCAAAGAAGUAAAGGUAAUGAACCGUUUUGAUUGGUUUAUAGAAAAGUCGGCGAGCCUUCGAGGGGCACUAACAGGGUUGAAGUUUUCAAAUAAAAUUUUCUGAAAACUUACUUCUUAUUGCUUUCACUAUGAUAAAACUUUCUGUGAAAACAUAUAAAAUGCAAUAUUUAAUUGCAAAUUAUUAAAUCAUUUUAAAAAACAUUAAA